AUGUAAGUCGGUAAAUAAAGAAAAGACUCAGACAAUAAACAACAAACAUAGCUCUCGAAAAAGAAAAAGAUCUACUCUAAGUUUUAAUACAAGGAUAAGGUAUUUGAAAUCGGAGAUAUCUGCAGGUUUUAUAAUGAGCAGCAGGACCUAAUAGGAAAGAUUCUAUCGAUAGUCUCAACAGAUUAGAAUCAUCCAGAUUUUGGAAAAAUCAAUGUUUAGUGGUAUUACUACAAGAAAGAUUUGAAGUUCAAAGGUUUGGGAAUAAGUGAAAAAGAUUAAAAUUAGAUAUCAGAACAAGAAGUUUUCCCGACAAAUCAUUAGGACAAAGUGUAUGUUCAAAGCUUGAACGGAAAAUGUAAAAUUGUUACGCUAGAAGAAUUUGAGUAAAAUCCCACUGUGACUCCAGACAUUUUCUUUAGCAGAGCUGAAUAUGAUCAUAUAAAUAAGGUCCUAAAGCCAAGUUUUAAUGACUGGCCGAAGAUAUGUUCUUGCUAAAAGCCAUAGAAUCCCUAGCAAACUUAUAUUUAGUGUGAUGCUUGUCAAUAGUGGUUCCAUCCUGAGUGCUAAGAUACAACAGUUGAUAUUGACAGUUUCAUAUGUAUGAGCUGUACUUCUUAAAAAUGA